AUGAUUGAAAAAGAGGCCUUGGCAAUUAUCUUUGGUGUCAAAAAGUUUCACCAGUACCUGUUUGGUCGACGGUUUACUUUGCUGACAGAUCACAAACCCCUAACCUACAUCCUUGGUCCGAAACGAGGGAUUCCAGUCCUUGCCGUGUCUCGCCUACAGCGAUGGUCCAUUCAACUGGCAGCUUACACUUAUGACAUUGACUAUCGUGCGUCUAAGAACCAUGGAAAUGCAGACGCAUUGUCUCGCUUGCCUAGGAAAACCAUUGAAGAAGCUGACAACUGGUCGAUAGAGGGAGAUCAAGUCAACAAACAUGGUUGGCCAGCAGAAGAGAAUACGCCAGAGGAACUCAGAUUUUAUCGCGCCAAACGUGAAGAGUUUACAUUUGAGGAUGGUUGUUUGUUGCGUGGUACAAGAGUAGUGAUACCCUCAAGAUAUCGACAGGAAGUGCUGUCUGAAUUACAUUUUAACCACCCAGGAAUGGUGCGAAUGAAGUCUUUGGCACGAUUGCAUGUCUGGUGGCCCAACCUGGACGGUGACAUCGAACAGACCGUGAGAGAUUGCAUUGAUUGUCAAGCAAACCGUUGUAGGGCGCCUUUUAAGGUUGUCAACCCAUGGAUCUGGCCUACUCGCCCGUGGCAGCGUUUACAUGUCGAUUUUGCUGGACCAUUCAAUCGAGGAAUGUUUCUUAUAGUGGUUGAUGCCAAGUCUAAGUGGAUGGAAGUGAUUCAAAUGUCCUCCACCAGUGCCUGCGCCACAAUUGGAGCUCUACGCGGCUUGUUUGCUACGCAUGGCUUGCCGGAGGAGAUAGUGGCCGACAAUGGUCCGCAGUUUGUCGCAGGGGAAAUGAAAGAUUUCUUAACUUCCAAUGGUGUUCGCCUGUGUUUGUCGUCACCAUAUCAUCCUGCAUCCAAUGGUGAAGCUGAACGUGCAGUUCGGACAUUUAAGGAAGCCAUGAGAGUUAUGAAGAAUGGACCGGGUACCUAA